GAGACUUUCACGGAAAGUUAAAAAACCUGCUGUUUCGUGUGAUGUUAUGGAUUCUACAGACAGAAACUUCUUCAUGAGAUUAUGGACCAAAUUUUCAACCAAAAAGACACCAGUGGAAGAAAGUUCUGUAGAGAGACAGUACGAGGCAGCCCGGCAGGCCCUAAUGGGGAAGACACCUCCUCAUUUUACACUCCUGUUUCAAAGGGGUUCAGUACCGGCACCCCUCGACAAUACACAUUAUGCCUCAGUUUCGGAACUACAGAAAAUUUUUGAGAUUUGUGAAGAGUCUUUUAAAAUUCCAUUUAAACAUGGGUGGAGCAGCAUGGAUACCCAUGGUGGGAAAUAUUCUGAAUUGUUUCAGUCUUGUCCGUGGCUAAAAGAAUUGCCUUUUGAGUCUCCCGGAGUAAGUGAUACGAAGGAUGAUAAGUCCCUUAAAGCACCACACAAGAUGUCACUCCAAUAUGAAAAGGUGUAUUUGCAACACAGAAGACACACGAUAUCACUCAUGACUCACCCAGGUUCCAACAUCAAACCGUCCCUCCCUCCAAUCCCUCAGGGCCGGAAGUACAACAGUUCUUGACAUUGUAUACUGACAUGGAAACCUUGCUCAGAUCACGUCCAGUUCCUGUGUCUCGCCUGGCCAUGGAUCCUGGCUGCUCCUUGCACAGCCAACUACCUACAAAAGAAUGUCCUGUAUGCCUUAAUUCUCUCAAUCAAUUUCUUUUGUGAUUCUCUGAAUAGUGUUUUGUUUUUAAUAUAAGUUAUUCUUAACUUUUAGAAAAGGAAUUUGUUUUUCCCACAGCCAUUAAUCACUUUUCCAGCUGCUUCCUGCCUGAAGAGAUCUGAUGGCAAAGUCUCCCAGGAUCUCUGUGUUGCUAUGUGCAAUGUGAUUUUGGUUUUAUUUUGUGUGUGUGUGUGUGUGUGUGUGUGUGUGUGUGUGUGUGUUUUGUUUCUUUUUGUUGAAUGAAUGUACUGAUUAACAAAAUUAUACAGGUUUCAGGUGCCCAACUCCACAACACACCAUCUGAACACUGUACUGUGAAUUCACCACCACAAGCCAGAUCUCCUUCCAUCACCAUUUAUUCCACCCUGUGAUUUUUCGAUAUAUCCACCUGGGAUUGUGCUCUUGAAAUAUCACUGUGUCCAUUUAUAACCUUAGUGUAUAUUCUAGGGAAUUGAAAUAUUUUUAUUCUUCUGAGUAUGACAGGAUUGUAGAGUUCCACUUAGCUGUGCCAAACAUGAUAUCAAUUGCAUCUCUCAAAGGGAGUUAAUUAAGGGAAUUUUCAUGGUUCUUGACUAGCUUUAGCAAUAUGAAGGAAUAAAAAGUAUGAGAGAUUUUUUAUUUCACCCUUUCCUGACUCUGAUCGUGUAUUGCUUGCCAUUAGAAAUGUUUUAAUAAUCUUUAUGGUCUCACUACUUGCUACUAGUGUUUGCAGAAAGAAAAUAUGGAGAAGUUACAGGUAAGACUGGCAUUCAGCUGAUAUGUGUCAAGUAAGAUUAUCCUGGUUGUUAAAAUAUUGCAACACAUCCACUGGGUUGGUAAAUGGUCUCUCUUUGGGGCAGGAGCCUUCAGUAAUGCUGCACUAAUUGUUACAUAUUUUAAAUAACAAAACCCUCUAAUGACUCCCCCUUUUAACAUAUCCAAACCCCCUUUAAUUUAUUCCCUCCCCCCUGGCUGGGAUGUGGAUGUACCAUGACUUGCCCUCAUCUGUCUUCCACAGCCCAGUUCUCUGCAGGAGCUGGACACAGUUCUUUUCUGAGGGUUGGUGGGAGGGAAUGGGGGUGGGAUGUGGGGAGGAGGACCAGGCUGAGCAGGAAAGGGGAGGUAGUCCUCUCUGGGAAAGUAGGAAACCAGAGAGUGGGCCUUGUGCUCCAAACAUCUUAAUGAAUAGUUACUUUCACCUGCAACAUCUCAUCUUUUCAAAAAUUACUGUGAAAUAUUUCAGAUGCAAUAGAAGAUAUAACAGUUACAAUUUCAGACAAUGUGGAGGACGUGCACUUUUCCUUGUUUCUCUAAGUACAGCUAAAAUCCUAGAAAAUGCAUACAAAGCAAACAUAAGACUGAGAGGUAAAAGGGAGAAGAGAGACGCCGGGACCUGAGUGACAGCACAGUGCUGGUUUUCCUUUUGCCUCAAUUACCCUGAGCUGGGUGCUGGAAGAGCUGCGGCCUCACACACUAGCCAUGCCAUCAACAAAGACUUCAGCACAAAGCCUGCGCUCUCUACCUACAAGGAAGGCGGCAGCCUCGCAGGAGAGAAAGCUUAUAGACAGUAACUGAGUUACUUUAGCCCGGACUUCCAUUCCCUGCCUGGUAGUAAUGAGGCACCUCCUCCCCUUACCAUCAGUGGCAUCAGAGAAGGUCUGAGGAGACCCAGCACUUCCACCACCAUCUCCUUACCUGGGCCCGUGCAGAGGAGAGAGGAGUGCCCCUUCCCUCCCAGCCAAGGUGGUCUCAGUGAAGGCCUAGUGGGGAUUCUAAACUUCCUCGUUCACCAGUUUGCCGACCCCUAGGUAAUAAUUUGAAUCCUAUAUAAUAAUACGCUAAUAUGCAAAUUGACCUAUGGUGGAACGACCAGUCGCUAUGACAUGCGCUGACCACGGGGGGGGCAGACACACAAUGCAGG